CUAAUAAGCAUUAAGGUAAACAAAGUAGAACACAACAAUGUCGUUCAAACACUUUAUUGUGGCAGUUUUGUAUUUUAAAACAGCACUGUGUGUGGAACUGCAGUUCUUAGAAAAUGAUAUACAGAUUGUUGUUGAUCGCACGUCAUCCAUUAAACUCACAUCCAAUUUACCAGUUGUGAACGAGACUACACUACGAUUUACCUAUCAGAUUGGUAAUGGUAAAGCUGAAGAUACCCAGGGUUCAGAUAAUUAUGUCGACCCAUUGCUGGAUCUCCAUUUGGAAGCAAAUAAGAAAGUAGACAAAAAUGUUAACAUCACUGGCAAUAACCCUGGUCACCUUAUUAUAGGAUUAGAGUCAAAUUCGACAGAGUUAAAAGACCUGGAAGAUGUGUUUGUGAGGGUAGACCUGGUGAACAGUAAAAUUCUGGUUACAAUCAAUGCUAUUAUAGGUUGGGUGUAUUUUGCUGCAUGGUCCAUAUCUUUCUAUCCACAAGUGUAUGAAAACUUCAGAAGAAAAAGUGUGAUAGGACUGAACUUUGAUUUCUUAUUGUACAACAUCACAGGAUUUCUGGCCUAUGGAUUCUUCAAUGUUGGAAUGUUCUGGGUCUCUUCAGUGAAGUCAGAGUACCAUUCUAACCAUCCGCGAGGGAUCAAUCCAGUACAACUGAAUGAUGUUAUAUUUACUCUACAUGCAAUAUUUGUUACAAUAAUAACUAUUAUACAGUGUUUUAUAUAUGAGCGGGGUGAGCAGAAAGUAUCUAAAAUUUGUUUGGUGCUUGUGAUAGGAGCAUGGUUGUUUGCUGGCAUUUCAUUGGUUGUUACUCUUUUCCACAAGAUAUCCUGGUUGACAUACCUAUACUACUUCUCCUAUAUAAAACUUGGAGUUACACUGAUCAAAUAUAUGCCCCAGGCCUGGAUGAAUUUUAAACGUAAGAGUACCGAAGGUUGGAGUAUUGGAAAUGUGUUGUUAGAUUUUACUGGUGGAUCUUUAAGUCUUCUACAGAUGUUUUUACUGUCAUAUAAUAGUGAUGACUGGGGUUCUAUAUUUGGUGACCCGACAAAAUUUGGUCUUGGAUUUUUCUCAAUAUUGUUUGACAUAUUGUUUAUUACACAGCAUUAUUGUCUCUACUGGGACAAUGCCAAAUAUGGGUCACUUGUGGAUCACGAAUAUGAAGAGAAAGAAGUCCUUGUGAAUGAUUCUCCACACAAAUCAUAUAAUGGAAUAGGUUAGAUUCGAAUGGUACAAUACAAUAGGAGGAGGAUAUUAUGGCAUAUAUCACACACUGUAUGAUAGUUGUAUACAUGCUCCCUGUGAUAUUAGUAUACAUGUUCUACAAUGGACUGGACUCUGUUGUAAUGACAUUGUGAUUUCGAUAUAUCUGUCGAUUGAAGUCUUAUAACAAACUGUUGUAUACAUGUUCCAAGUGAUAGUGUUUUGUACAUGUAUCCAGUGAUAGCUGUAUACAUGUUCACGGAAUAUUUGUAUACAUGUCUGUUAAGACUGUGAUUAUGAUAUAUUCUAGUAUCAAAGGAAUAUAAAAGUGUUGUAUACAUGUUCCCAGCUAUAUUUGUAUGCACAUUCUUAAGUUGAAGAAAUACUGUGAUUUGACAAAGCUGUGUGUCAAAGGCUUAUAAAGAGCUGAAGUAUAUGUGCCCCAAUUGAUGUAUACAUUCUCUGUGAUAUUUGUGUACAUUCUCUGCAUUGGAUUUGACUUGGUUGAUAUAAUAUUGUGAUUUUGAUGUACUUGUGGACAGAGGGCUUGUAUUCAACAAACUUGUAUUCAUGUUCCAGUGAUGGUUGUAUAAAUGUUAACAGUGAUAGUUGUAUACAUGUUUCAUGUGAGUUGUAUACAUGUACUUGGCGAUAGUGUUGUAUACAUGUACCCAGCAAUAGCUGUAUAUAUCCUCCCAGAAUUAUUUGUAUACUUGUCUCAAGUUUACAUGUUGUAUUCAUAUUCUCAGUGAUAGUGUUGUAUACAUGUUCCCAGAAUUAUUUGUAUACAUGUAUCAGGGGCUUAUAAAGAACUGUCAUAUAUAUGUUCCCAUUGAUUAUUGUAUACCUGUUUAUAUUUGUAUGUUCUUUUUUAAGCAAAACUGAAUUCAUUUCUCUAAUAUGAUUAUGUAGGGCUUACAACCCCCCCCCCCCCCCCCCCCCCCCCCAAAAAAAUUGUCUUAUACAUGUCCCAAGUGAGAGUUUCCACUUUUUCUAUAUCCUAUUGUAUAUAAGUUCUAACUUAUGGAUGUAGAUGCAUAUAUUGUGUCAUUUUGUUAUGUUUUAUUUAUCGAGAGCUUAUAAAUAAAGUGUUGUAUACAUGUUCCCAGCAAUAAUUGCAAACAUGUUACCAGUUGAUACGUGUAAACCUGUUACCAGUGAUAAUGUUAUACAUGUUCCAAGUGAUAGUUUUUUAUGUAUUGAGAACAGUUUUAUACAUGUUCCAGAUAAAUUAAUAUAUGUAAAUAUGAUCUUGGGUUGAAUUUUGUAAUACUCAUAUAUAGAGGGCUUAUCAAAAAGCUGUUGCAACUCGGUGACACUAUUCUGUAAAGUCCUCUAUAUUGUUCAAGUAACAUGAGAUUAAGAGCAGCAAACUUGUUCUGUUUAAACUUCAUAAAGGAUCAAAUCUGCAUACUGUAAAAUAAAUGAAAACCAACAUAGUGUAUUUGUGAUCAGCAUGGAUCCAGACCAGCCUGCGCAUCCUCUCAGUCUAGUCAGGACUCGUGCUGUUCGCUUACAAAACCGUUAGGGAACAGCAUUGAUCCUGACUGCGCUGGUCUGGAUCCAUGCUGGGUGCAAAUGCACUAUGUUGGUUUUCUCAUAGUGCGGGUCAUUUCUGACCUUGAUAAGAUUGUUUGCUACGCUUGUUUUAUCACUUGUUAUAUAUGUACAUGAUUUUAAUAUUUUGUGCAAUAUUUUUCAUGUUGCUUUAUCCACAUUGGUAUUUCAUAGCAAAAUACAAGCAGUAUGUGCCAAAUUAGUGCCAGUGGAAAUAUAAUUAUGUAGUAACUGUUGAAGAAAAUGAAUGUACUUGUUGAAUGCCAAAAUUUGUUCACAUCUGUUAACCUUUCCUAAGUUUAAAGGUUUAUAAUGCUUUUGUUCAUACUGUGUUCUGGCCCCGUGUUCACAAAACAUUGUCAGUCUCAGCUGAGUUUGAUAAUGAAACUUUAUUUGUCGUUUAUAUCUAAAUAGCAUGUUUAAAACUAAAUUUUAAGUUUAUAGCUAUUUUCAAAUGACUUUUCAGUAUUGAUGGUCAGUUUCAUUUGGAACUAAGUGUUGAAGUUUUAGUAAAAUUGAUAUUAAAAUUUCAAACUCAAACUCAGCUGAGACCGAAAAAUGUUUUGUGAACACGGGGCCUGAACAUAAAAUUUGUGUGUUUCUUAUUAAAUCCUGUUUUCAGUAGCAGUUUCCUCACAUAUAUACUAAAGGUUUGAAUAUGAAUUAACACAGUGGAAUAUAUUAUUGAAUCCAUUAAUCAUGAUUACUUCCCUUUAUAGCCUUAAUAUUGAAACAAGUGCUUUUCUAACCAUGUAAUGAUGAGGAUAUCUGUUUUUAACAUGAAAUUAAAAGCCUUAUGGAACUUUGAACUUUUACUCUGAAUAAAAGUUUUGAUUUCACUGGAAUUUUUUGUAAGUGAAUGAUUUAGUAUAUAACUAUAGUUUGAGGUAAUUCUUUAAUGAUUGUGUUUUUCACUUUCUUUUUCUAAAAUGAUAUACGAGUCAUGCCAUGAGAAAACUAGCAUAGUGGCUUUGCGACCAGCAUGGAUCCAGAACAGCCUGCCUGUCUGGUCAGGAUACAUGCUGUUCGCUAACAGUUUCUCUAAUUGCAGUAGGCUUAAAAAGGGAACAGCAUGGAUCCUGACCAGACUGCGGAUGCGCAGGCUGGUCUGGGUCCAUGCUGGUCACAAAGCCACUAUGUUGGUUGUCUCAUGGUGCGGCUCAAUUAUGCUGAUUCUGACCCUUGCUGAUGCUGAUGCACUUUUACACUAAGUGUGUUUUUUAAGUUCAAUCCAGUAUGAACAGAGUUUUUUAAGGUAGAUCUGCAUGUUCAGAUCAAAACUUUUUCUACCAUGUAGAAUUUGAUUAAACCCUGCUUUGCAAUAGCCUAAGAACAUAUUUGAAAAAUAAAAAAAAUUGUCGAGUGCUUGAUUUUUUGCUAGACCAAGAUGGAUUUGAAAUUUUGGAUCUCACACAAGUUUUCAUGGGAAAAUACAAUUUUGAUAACAUUUGCGAAUACAGAUUUUUAUAUACUGUAGAUUUUAAUGAAACUUAUCAGUCGUAAAUUAACAUUUUGAUGUCAUAUGUCAUCUUUAGAAAUGAGGAUGACAUUGCCAUUUAAAUAAAUUAAGUCAUUGGUGUCAGUCAUUUCAUAAAAUUAUUUUCAUUUCUGUAUGCUGAAACCAGGCUUUAUUGUACGUUUUCUGGAUAAUGUUACACCAUUUCAUCAGAUGUGCUGAACUACCUUUAGCCUGCUAGCAGCUAGUGAUUCUGCCUAUGCGACCAGUACAGACCAAGAUGAUCAUGGUCUGCUCUGUUCUCUAUUCAGUCAGUAAAUUUUCAUUGAACACCAUUUCAAAAUAAUAAAUGGUAUUGCCCAAAUUGUAUGAUCGACAAGUUCAGUAUAGAAAUUUAGCAUAGUAAAGGUUAAAGUUUUGUGAAAUAGCAUUUCCUAACAAAUUUAAACAAGUUGCUGUAUUUUAGAAUUGUCAUUCGAUGUCUUUAUUUGGCUAAAUCUGAAACAUUGAUACCAUUGUCUUGUUUAUUUCAUUUCAUCAGUUGGAGGCAUUUAACAUUGAAAUUAAAAAUGAAAUUGUGUUAAAUUGAGAAAGGUUGUUAUAAUUUUCGAAGAUUUAUAUGUAAAAGUUUUUACAUAAUUUCAUUCAAGACUUCAUUCCUUAUACACUUUGUAUUCUUUUCAUUCAUAUUAUAAGUAUUUCUAUGAAAUUAUUAUAAGAAAUUAUCAGAUACUUAAUCUGUACCAUGCCUUAUAAGAAAACAAGUGCAUUUUAUCAUUUCAAAAUUGCUGUCACUGAAUACUGUAUGGUGAUAGAGCCUAAAAGAUUUUCUCGUAAUAUUUUUAAUGAAAACAAAGUUGAUAUUUCUUUUUCUGUCAUACUUCCUUCAUUUAAACUUUUAAACCCCUUUUAAAGACUGCCAAAGCUAUGAAUAACAAACCCUUUGAACUGCUUGGUGUGUCCAUUGAGUCUGAACAGAAACAUCCUUUUAUGGACCCUUAAGUUUGUUUAAAUGGUUCCACUUGGUCUGUUUAAGGGGCUGACAUAGCUAAAAGCAGAAAGACCAUUGAACAGCAUCUUCUCUUGAACCUUUUGAUGUAUCUUCACCAAACUUGGUCUGUGUUGUUCUUGUAUGUAUGUCCCCCUCAACCCUUUGUGCUAAAAUAGAAAACCCUUGAAUUGACUUCUCAUGAAUGUACUGAUGUACAUUCGCAAAACUUGUUCACUACUGUCCUUUUAUGGACCUUUGUCAAAUAUUUUCAAAUGGUUUUACUUGACCCUUUUUUACCCCCCAGUACCCCACCCUGAGCUGAAAAUAAAGACAUUUUAAAGACUUUUACUCAUGAAUCACUUGAUGGAUCUUCACCAAACCUGGUCUGUAUCAUCUGUCGAUUGAUUCGUCUUGUUUUUAGCUCACCUGUCACAAAGUGACAAGGUGAGCUUUUGUGAUCGUGCGGUGUCUGUCAUCUGUCGUCCAUCCGUCCGUGCGUAAACUUUUCCUUGUGACAUCUAGAGGCCAUAUAUUUCACAAGAUCUUCAUGAAAAUUGGUCAGAACGUUCACCUUGAUGAUAUCUAGGUCAAGUUCGAAACUGGGUCACGUGCCAUUAAAAACUAGGUCAGUAGGUUAAAUAAUAGAAAAACCUUGUGACCUCUCUAAAGGCCACAUUUUCAUGGGAUCUGCAUGAAAGUUGGUCUGAAUGUUCAUCUUGAUUAUAUCUAGGCCAAGUUCAAAACUGGGUCAUGUGCGUUCAAAAACUAGGUCAGUAGGUCUAAAAAUAGAAAAACCUUGUGACCUCUCUAGAGGCCAUAUAUUUCAUGAAAUUUUCAUGAAAAUUGGUCAGAAUGUUCACCUUGAUGAUAUCUAGGUCAAGUUCGAAAGUGGGUCAUGUGCCGUCAAAAACUAGGUCAGUAGGUCAGAUAAUAGAAAAACCUUGUGACCUCUCUAGAGGCCAUAUUUUCCAUGGGAUCUGUAUUAAAGUUGGUCAGAAUGUUCAUCUUGAUGAUAUCUAGGUCAAGUUCGAAAGUGGGUAACGUGCCAUCAAAAACUAGGUCAGUAGGUGAAAUAAUAGAAAAACCUUGUGACCCCUCUAAAGGCCAUAUUUUUCAAUGGAUCUUCAUGAAAGUUAGUCUGAAUGUUCAUCUUGAUGAUAUUUAGGUCAAGUUCGAAACAGGGUCAUGUGCGGUCAAAAACUAGGUCAGUAGGUCUAAAAAUAGAAAAACCUUGUGACCUCUCUAGAGGCCAUACUUGUGAUUGAUCUCCAUAAAAAUUGGUCAGAAUGUUCAUCUUGAUGAUAUCUAGGUCAAGUUCGAAAGUGGGUCACAUGCCAUCAAAAAGUAGGUCAGUAGGUCAAAUAAUGAAAAAACGUUGUGACCUCUCUAGAGGCCAUAUUUUUCAUGGGAUCUGCAUGAAAGUUGGUCUGAAUGUUUAUCUUGAUGAUAUCUAGGUCAAGUUUGAAACUGGGUCAACUGCGAUCAAAAACCAGGUCAGUAGGUCUUGAUAUAGAAAAACCUUGUGACCUCUCUAGAGGCCAGAAUGUUCACCUUGAUGAUAUCUAGGUCAAGUUUGAAACUGGGUCACGUGCCUUAAAAAACUAGGUCAAUAGGUCAAAUAAUAGAAAAACCUUGUGACCUCUCUAGAGACCAUAUUUUUCAAUGGAUCUUCAUGAAAAUUGGUCAGAAUUUUUAUCUUGAUAAUAUCUAGGUCAAGUUCAAAACUGGGUCACAUGAGCUCAAAAACUAGGUCACUAUGUCAAAUAAUAGAAAAAAAUGACGUCAUACUCAAAACUGGAUCAUGUGGGAAGAGGUGAGCGAUUCAGGACCAUCAUGGUCCUCUUGUUUUAAGGUAGUAGACCAAUAGUAGCCAAAAUUCAAAAUAGCAAGUAUUGAAAUAUAUCUACAAUACAGAUUUUACCAUGGAAUAAAAGUUACAGAAAAUUUUCUUAUAUGAGGGCUGUUAAAAAAUAAAGUAGACUUUUUCUCAAGCUUUUUUAUACAUGUUAAUGAAGGAAUGCAAGAAAUACACUAUCAUAAUUCGCAAUCUUUCCACUAACUUCACUGCAAAUUUGAUGUGAUUAUGAUCAUACCGUCAGAAGUUAUGUUGCUUUGAAAAUGGUCACUUACACAAAUCAGGCGCACGUUGAUCAUAUUUCAACAACGUAAACGACGUAGUGACUUCAUUAAGAUGCUUUCAUUUAAGUUUGCAUUAAUUUAUAUCUGUAAUUGUUUUUCUUGGUUUUGAUUAAAAUAACUUUUUGUUUGGUUAGAAUACUGAAAACAGUAUGAACCCCUAUGCCAAGCAUAUCGUAAAGUGUGCGCACCUUUAUUCAAGGCACUAUAGAUUGACUUUAAUGGCAAGUCACAGGAUGUUGUACUUUCUUCCUAGACCUUUGCUGUCUUCUAGCAAUUCUUGGCCAUUUACGUAUUGUUUGUACCACAAAGACUAAGACACAAAUGACCAAACGUUGUUGUGGUGUCUGCUUCAUUAGUUUAUAAUUUUCAUUCAGUGUUUGCCGAAAUCUCCACGUAACUUAGCAACUGUCUGGUUAUUUAUGCGAGCAGAUGAUGACAUUACAUGUGUUAAGAACAAUAAUAUUCACUUAGUAAUACUUUAUGCAUCGUUUACUUCCGCGUCCCAUGUCUGAAUGAUGCCAUACUUUCAGUGCAAGUCACCUGGACAUUGUAUUUUCAGGUUAACAAUUGGACUAUCAGUGCGAAUAUUAGCAGUCAAGUUCAAAUUAUGACAAAUGAGUAAGCGACUGUGCCAGUUAUGCUUAGCACUGGUAAUAAACGUUCUAUGCGCUUAGCCCAUCAGCAAAAAUGUUCCAUAAUGUACGACUAAAUUAAUUACAAUCAUAUAUUUCUUAUUGCAUUGUACACAAAAAAAAAAACAACAGCUUUUGAUAGUGUCUACAUUAUUUUUUUAACAGCCCUUGUGCUCCCCAUCUUAAAAAUUUGCUUUAAAUAUUUAAGCCAUCCAGAACUGCAAUUUAGUUUCGUUCAUUUGGAAUUUGUAGCUACUUAGCUGAACCCGCCGUGUAAUUAUACAGAUAAUUCUGAAGUUACAGAUUAUUGUUUAUGAAAACAUCAAAAGAGUUGUACAUAGAAACUUGCUUAACUGUACAGGAAUAACAGACAGACAUUAAGAAGUAUCAAAUAAAAUUUUGAAAUUCAA